AUGGGCUAUGUGGAUUCACCGGUUGGUCAAGACCUGAUAUGGAGUCUCUCCCUCUGUUUCAUCGUCUUAUGUGGCUUUUCUGUGGUAACACUGGUUCAGCAGGACCACUACGGCAACAACUACGUCAAAAGUGGGCAACAGCUUAGCCGACUGUACGGAGAUGAGGCCGGCAACCUGCCAGACAACUCUCCACUGAGUCCUGCCAGAUAUGCGAGGAGCAGAUGUCUGGAGUCCUCACAUGGGUUUUUGGAGUUCAAUUCCACAUCGUGUCAAAUGCUGAAGAAGGAAAUCCUGGAUGUGAAGGUCCUCACUAUGGUGAAGACCUCAGAGUUGCUUGAGAGAUGGAGAAAUAUUCAGGUGUGCCAGUGGGAGCAGAGCAAAGUGGAGAGCAACAACUUCAGUGCGUCUCUCUCUGAGAGCUGUAAUGCAUCCUCCUUCCUGUUCACCACGAAGAGCAACACACCAUCAGGCACCACGCUGCACUAUGAGGUCAGCGGAACCCUGGACAUCAACCCCGAGAUAUUUGACAUGUUCCCUGAUGACAUGCCAUAUUCAAGAUCACAGUUUAAGCGCUGUGCUGUCGUUGGGAAUGGAGGCAUCAACCUAAACAGCAGAUGUGGAAAACAGAUCGACUCAGCUGACUUUGUGUUCCGGUGCAACAUUCCACCCAUAUCUGAUGAAUACACUGCCGAUGUGGGAUCGAGGACUGACUUUGUCACCAUCAACCCAAGUAUCCUCGUAGCGAGAUUCCAGAAGUUAGAGAAAUGGCGCAAGCCCUUCUACGAAAAUCUGCAGUCGUACAGGAAUGCCUCCAUCGUACUGCCCGCAUUCCACCAGAAAUACAACACUGACCUCUCCUUCCGCGUCAAGUAUGCGCUGGACGACCUCGGCUCACCACAUGGCGUCGUCUUCUUCAACCCGGAGUACCUGCUCAACGUCCAUCGCUUCUGGACGCUGCAGGGCGUGCGCGCCAAGCGCUUGAGCACCGGCCUCAUGCUCGUCAGCAUCGCCAUGGAGCUGUGCGAGGAGGUGCACCUGUACGGGUUCUGGUCCUUCGACACCAACCCGGCGGGUGACGUCAUCAACCACCACUACUACGACAACGUCAAGGGCCGGCCGGGCUUCCACGCCAUGCCGGAGGAGCUCUUCAACUUCCUGCAAAUGCACGCGCGCGGCAUCCUGCACCUGCACACAAAGCCCUGCUGCUGAUC